CUGUGGGGGUAUUGUUUUCCUGCGCCCAAGAUAAGAUGAUAACCAAUCCACUUCUGAAAGUUCUCAUAUGGGAAUAGUUAGCAAGGUAAUUGUUCCAUAUAAAAUUAUAAAUGAACGUAAACAGCGGAGAAGUUCCUGUAAUAAAUAGUUACAGGAACUACUCCGGGUAUUGAGGCGUUUUUGGUUGUUAACCAUCUAUAUACCUUUUCCCCGGAAAGCGUAGGCCGAAUACACGUUUAAAUAAUACCACAGUUCGUGUAACAUCCUGUAACUGCUGCUCAGUUACAAUUAGCUAUUUCCAAACCAGGAGUAUGCUGCAGAAUAACCAAAAGCAUGUCGCUACUGUUCUUUCGUCUAGAGUAGACCGGUGGUUCCCAAACCGAGGAUAAUUACCCUCAGGGGAGUAAUAUGAUGUUUUCAAGGGGAAAUUCAGGCGAUAUUGGUAUGAAGAAUGUCUCUGCAUAGUAGAUACAUAAUACCAAAUAAUGUUUCGCCGUACUACAGAUUGUAGAAUACGCUGAGCAAGCACAACUCCAGCCUAUUGAGGAUGGAUUAGAAUUUGCAAUGGGCGUUCGUGAAAUGUAGAAGAUAGUGUCCGCUUACAAUUUCGGGUUGGCCCUCAACAUGAAUAAAUCAACCUUUCGAAAAAGGUAUUAAUAUUAAAAACAAAAUAUCGAAACAAGCUCAUGAAUGGCGAUGAUAUGAGCCUAGGUUUGAACGUUUGAUAUCGCAGAAACAUUGUCACCCACUGAGAUUAAAUCAGGACGCUGCUGUUUUUAUGGAUUCCCAUGUUUUUGUUGCUAUCAAAUUGAAUAAAUUGUGCACUAGAAAUUUCAUUUUGUAGAAGGGAUAAUUGAGCUUUUGGUAAUUCGAUUUAGGGGUAAAAAUAUUCAAAAAUUUUUUGUAAACUUCUGGUCUAGACUCUAAAAUCCAUUCGCCACAGCACUCUAACAAAACAAUUGAUUCAGCGAAUACGUCGUGAUCAUUAGUAGAAUGUAGAAAUUUCAUAUUCAGCUUCCGCGCAAAAAUUGCAAACCCUCAAGACAUUAAAAAUCGAUCCAUAAAAAUUUAUGGUCUAGUUAUAUUAUAAAAGGUGAGGUAAAGUAUGUAAACAAACUGAACUUUGCCAUGCUUCUUGAUAAAAAUAACGAAAUCUGAUUAAAACUACUAUAAAAUACAAAUUUAAUCUUUAGUGACCACAUUUCUCAUAAAGCCUAUUGUUCAAAAUUGUUUGUUUGUUUCACUUUUUAUAUAGGCUAUCCCCGUGUACCGGAUUUUAAAUAACCAACGUCUAUUUAGGACUGUCUCUUUAGUAAACAAUAGAUCUCGCCUUCGUUAACCGGCGACCUCUCGAUACAUGUGUAUAUAAGAUCGAAAAUAAAAGAAUCUUAUCGAAAUUCUAAUAGAUGUAUCAAUGCUGUAUUCGGAUAAAAUGAGAUAACCUUAUCCUUGCAAUACCAUCAUCUGUUUUAUUUUUAUCAUUUCUUCUCUCUUAUCUUCAUAAAGUCAUACGUAUUAUAUACUUAGUAUAACACUCAACUGAUACAUUGCAUUUUACUAUGAUGCUUAAGUGAGCGAAGCAAGAACAAUUUGUAUAAAUUUUUUCUGACAAGAUUUAUUUGUCUUCACAUUUAUUGCAGUGCUUUGUUGCUUUGUAGAAUAUCAUUUCGUUCUUGUUCUGUGCCAAAACAUUUAUUGAAUACGGUAGGAUGUUGUUAUUCUGACUGGAAUAAAAUGCCAUUCAGUUCUUCUGUUUUGGAAUUUUUCAUAGGCGAACAGCAAUCUUAUUGAUAGGAUUAUUUGGAAAGAGUCGUGAAAAAACAUGUUUUGCCACAUUUUCAAGCUGUGCAUCAACCUCAAAUAUCCCUGAAAAGUCUUUCACAACUGCAACCUCAUUCUCGUCAAACAUUUUAAUACCUAAUUGAGAUUUUUCAAUAUAUUGCCAAAACGUCCCAUGGCUUCCAAGUAUAUUUAUCAAUGAAUUCCAUCAAAUGUAUAGCUGCAACAGGCGGAUGUCGAUGGAACGGACCUACACCAACAUGUCAGCGUGUAAACAACCUCCUGCGAUUUCUUAUAUUUUAUAAUCUAUUCACAACAACCCAGAAACCACCAACUGAUUGUACGGACCCAAAUAAUUCUCAUUUAGUGGAAUGCGGUGGAAAUGGCGUAGAUUGUAAAGACCCUGCAAAUUCUUACAAAGUUGAGUGUGGCGGAAACGGCGUGGAUUGUUCUGAUCCCACAAAUUCUUACAAAGUUGAAUGCGGUGGAACGGGCAUUGACUGCUCAGAUAAAGCCAAUGCUUUUGAAGUGGAAUGCGGAGGCACCGGUGUUGAUUGCACAAACGAAGUAAAUUCGUGGCGAUUGGAAUGCGGAGGAUCUGGUGUUGAUUGCAACGAUUCAUCGAACGCUUGCAGACUGGAGUGUCGGCAACCUUAGAUUCAACUCUCGGAUGUCGGGCCUUACAUAAUUUAAAAAAUUUGCAAGCUAACUUGUUUUUGCUUUUUGGGGAAGUAGCGAAUGUGGAAUAUAACUAUGGAUUUUACUGUUAUUUAACUCCUGAAAAUAGGCCAUUUAGCAAUCUCCCGGAUGGUAUCGACCGAUCUGUGACGUGUUUCCGGCAUCCGGCAUAGUGUUUUUCAUGUUUUUGCAUUAUUACUGGAAUUCAACCAUAUAACUGGUAUUAAGGUUUGAGUGUAUAUUACAAUAUAUCUGAAUGGAUUCAAUUCGAUCGUGCA